UUAACAAAAGUGCUUUUUUCUAAAAAGUAAACUUAAUUUAACAUUAAACUUUUCGUUUUAAAUUAAUCCCUUGUUCUGUAAUUUAUAAUAAUUAUCACAAGUGACGGAAAGUGAUCGCUAAGCCGUUGAAAUUCUAACCUCAAAAUAAUGCUUAUCCGCUCAAAAGGAUUAGGAAAAAUCGGAAAAAUGUUAAUAAUUAAUUCUAAAGAAUAUAAAAGGCGAUGUCAUAUAGAGGAAAUAGUUUGGAAUGAAAGCACGAAUCCCGCGGUAGGUUAUUAUUGUUAGCCUUAGUUUGUUCGGGUCGACCGACAGUUGCCGAGAUUCAGUCCACGCGCGCUUACCGUACUGUACAGACGUCGGAUUCCAGUCGUUUGACUCUUUUUAUAGAAAAACAUCCCUUCAAACAGAAAACAAGAUUGACAGUUCAUCUAGACAUUGAAGGAAGUUAUAAGCAGUGAUAUAAAACUUGUUUCACUCAUUGAAAUUAAAUUUCAUCGAUUCAUUUUCAAUAGAAGGGAGUUGAAAAUAUUUAUUUGAAUUCUUCGCACUUGCCAUCAGGAAUCUAAUCGAUAGGAACCACACUCGAGCUCUCGAAGGUCCUCAUUUGUGGAGGAGGAGGAGUGACGCUUUUUGUAUUUGACCUUGACCUUGAAAACUAUAUAAACAAAAAAAAAAGGAAAAAAGGAUGCCAGCUGACGCUGAGCUUAGCAACCUGCUUAAUCGGCGCCAAAAGAUUAACGAGGAUCUAGAAGAUGGCAAAGAGGUGAAAAAACAUUACAAAUUCGUCAACGUCUAUACCGAAUUCCACGAACUUACAAGACGAGAGAUCAAGCAAUACGAACAAACCUUCAACAGAUUCGAUGAUGGACGAGAUGGAUAUUUGGAUUUGUCGGAACUAAAGCGCAUGAUGGAAGUUCUCGGAGCUCCUCAAACGCACCUUGGACUGAAAGCAAUGAUCAAAGAAGUAGACGAAGAUUGUGACGGAAAAAUUUCUUUUCGUGAGUUUCUACUGAUUUAUCGUAAGGCACGAGCUGGAGAAUUGGAGCAAGAUUCUGGUCUUGGACAACUUGCUCGUUUGACGGAAGUUGACGUCGACGCGGUUGGAGUAACAGGCGCGAAAAAUUUCUUCGAAGCCAAGAUCGAACAGUUGCGGAAGUCAAGUAAAUUCGAGGAUGAAAUUCGAAUGGAGCAAGAAGAGCGAAAGCGUCAAGAGGAAGAAAAAGCAGUGAGACGAGCACAGUUCCGGGAAAAGGCAGCUUUAUUUGGCAAGAAUUAAAAAAAAGGCGUUCGCAAAUUGACUAUUUUUGGUAUUACCAAUUUCCUGAUGAGGAAAAUUGGAGGAAAAAAAAAUUAUAGUCUCGUUCUACUGCAGAAUAUCUCGCAAACUGUUCAUGCGCGCUAUAAAUAGCUCAAAUUAUUUUCCAGUUAAAAAAAAUUGUUAACUGAAAAAAUUCGCGUGGAAAAUUUUUAUUAACAAAAAAAAGAAAUUUCUUGUUAAACUCAAAGAGUAUAUCUAAAAUUGCCUAUUAUUAAAUAUCGUAUCUGAAAAAUGCAUUUAAAAUUGUAGAAUUCAAAAAUUUUAAACUUCAAAUUUAUUUAUUGAAAAGUUGUGAAAUUGAAAAAUUCAAAUACAAAAAAUUUCUUAUUUUUUUGUAAUUUUUUUCUUCAUAGUCAACAAUUUCUUUUUUUUAGAAAUUUUGCAAUUUCCAAUUUCUAUACAUUCUUUUCCCUGUUUUAUUUAUUUUUUUUUUUUGUGAUUUUAUCGAAUUUUCUACAAUUUAUUUUUUAAGUGCGCUUACAAUUUUUUGUACAGAUCAAUGACUGAUAAAUGUUUAACAUAAUUUUUAAGUAUACUUAUUGAAUUAUUUUGAAUGAUUGUAAAGCUUGAGCAACAAAAUAAUUGUUAUAGGCUAAGAAAAAUGCAUUGUUUAUAUGUGUAAUGUGUAAAUAUAAGUUUUAUCAUAUAAUGUAGAAGUUAGAAUUUAUAGUUAAUUAUAGUAAUUAACUUACUUUAACGCACGAUAUCAAUUUGUAUUGUGAUAUAUAGUUUGAGAGCGCAUCGUUAAUGUCUUUGUAAAAAUUGUCAUCUUUUAAAAUUUCAUUUUUUUGUGAAUGUUUUUAAAUUUAGGUUUAUUUGUGAAAAUGAAAAUAAACUUUCUGAAAGUUAAAUAUCA